CGCACACACACUCUCUCCUCAGCCUUCAGUCUGGUCUAGGCAUGCAAGAGGCAGCAUGUGUGAGUAUGUGCUGUAAUGUGUGUGCGUGUGUAUGUGUGUGUGUAGAGUCGAACGCUGCGCUGGAGUUCGGCAGACGUCUCACCGAUGCAAGGAAUCCCCUGUUAGCUGUCGGAGAGGACACAUGCCGACUGUGUUUUACCCACCACAGGGAAUUAACUGGUACUCACACAGGACACACUGGGAGCUUAUGUAAAGGGCAAACUGACAUCGAUGUUUGAAUAUGUGUGGAGGAUCAUGCGGUCGGUGAGAGAUGCCACCGCGCUGAUGUGGAGAAGCUGGUGAUGAGGCUGCUUAACCACAGUUGCAUCAUGGGAAACGUGGAAAGUCAGAAUGUUGAAAGUGGUUUCUAUGGCAAUGCGACGGGACAUCUCUCCCGCAAGCAUACGUCCAGGUCACUCCGUCUCUCCAGCAAGCAGCCAAUCACCUGCCGUUCCCGGCACUCUUCUUCAGUGAAACAGGAACACAGAAACUCUGAUGCCUCAACUCGCUCUUCCAGCACACCUAGCAUCCCACAAUCCUUAGCAGAAAACGGACUGGAACCUUUCAAUGUAACGGAUGCGUUUGGAGAGUUCGGCAUCAACCCUCACUGGACACAGCGCGUUGCUAUGACAAUGAGGCCAGAGUCCUAUCAACACGAUGACGACCCCUUGGCCACACCAACUCCUGAAACCUCAGAGGCGGACACUAUCGCUCAUGAUGGAGGAGAGGACUCCAUGGGGGAGGUGGAGGGAGACGUUGUUGAUGAGGAAAGGUACCUCCAGCGAAUGACUGAGGGUCCACGGGAGGGAGGGAGUUUUAAAAAGAAGAGGUCCAAGUCAGCGGACAUGUGGAGAGAAGACAGCCUGGAGUUCUCUCUGUCUGACCUGAGCCAGGAGCAUCUGACCAGCACUGAGGAGAUAAUAGAUGGAGGAGAAGAAGAGGAGGAGGAGCAGUUCACAUGCCCCGGAGGCAAUGCAGGCUCAGCUGAAAGGGCAUCGUCUUUGGACCAUCUGUGCAGCCAGCAGAGUCCUGGCCUCAGGGGGCAGAGGAGCCGCUACGCUAAAAACCGGAGAGAAGCCCAGUGCCAUGAGGAUGGAGAAGGGGAGGAGGGGUUGAUGUCUCCAACCGAGGAGGAUGGUGGCGUCUAUGGAGCAUUCACGCUCCCCUGCCGACGCUCCCACUGCCUAUCAGAGGGCUUGGCAGGGCUUGGCAUGCCUGCUGCACCAUGCCCUGCUUUCCAGGGACGUCGAGCACAAACUACUCAGGACAUCUCUGGUGUUUUGGGCGAGGGAAGUGAGUAUGGUGACAGUGGCAUCGAUGGCGUCACCACAGAGAUAGACCGGGAUGGAGAGUUGGUGUCACGCCGCUGUAAGACCAUGUCGGCCUCUUUCUCAGUAUACUCGGCUGCUGAGAGCAGUGUUUUCAACGGGAGCGACAGCGGGAGCAGCAGUGCAGGAGGAGGAGAAGGACGUGGCAGCGAGGGAGGCAGGGGAGGAGUGUAUGAGAAUUUCCGGAAGGAGCUGGACAAUCAAGCCUGGACACAUCAGGGUAGGGACUGCACGGAGGAGGCUAGCUCCGCUGUGAGUGAUGAGCAGAGCAGCGGCACACUCAGUUGUGCAUAUCCAUCGGACACUCUGAUUGGCUGCGCACAAGGCAUAGUCAGGAAAGCAGGGGCUCUGGCUGUGAAGAACUUCUUGGUCCAUAAGAAAAACAAGAAGGUGGAACCUGCAACAAGGCGCAAGUGGAAACACUACUGGGUCUCUCUGAAAGGCUGCACUCUUUUCCUGUACGAGUCAGACGGUCGUUCUGGGAUCGACCAUAACAGCGUUCCCAAACAUGCUUUGUGGGUGGAGAACAGCAUUGUCCAGGCCGUACCUGAACACCCCAAGAAAGACUUUGUCUUCUGCCUCAGCAACUCAGUGGGAGACGCCUUUCUCUUCCAGACGUCAGGGCAGACAGAACUGGAGAACUGGAUCACGGCGAUCCACUCUGCGUGCGCUGCUGCUCUGGCUCGGCAACACCACAGGGAGGAUACAGUGCGACUGCUGCGAACCGAGAUCCGCAAGCUGGAGCAGAAGAUCGACAUGGACGAGAAGAUGAAGAAGAUGGGAGACAUGCAGCUGUCGACCGUCACUGAUGCCAAGAAGAGGAAAACCAUACUGGAGCAGAUCUUCCUGUGGGAGCAGAACUUGGAGCGGUUUCACAUGGAUCUGUUCCGCUGUCGGUGCUACCUGGCCAGUCUGCAGGGCGGCGAACCUCCGAACCCUAAACGCCUGCUGGGCUUCGCCUCGCGUCCCACCAAGUUGGCCAUGGGACGACUGGGCAUCUUCUCUGUCUCUUCCUUCCAUGCACUGGUGUCAGCCCGUACAGAAAGCAGCAUCAGGAAGCGGAACCAGGCCAUGCCUCGUACGUUCAGUAAACGUCGUAGCCGUUUCUCCUCCCUUUGGGGUCUGGACACCACCUCAAAGAGGAAGUCCAAGGGACAUCCUUCAAUCAACCAGGUGUUUGUUGAUGGGAUGGAGCCAGUGAAAAAGCCAUUGGAGCGCAUGUUUGAAGACUCUGCCAGUGAGAAAUCUAAGGAGAGAGAGGGCUCGGUGAAAAGUCUUCCUCAGCAAAAUGUAGACAGUGACAUUUGGGUUCCUGAUUACCUGACUCCCUCCUGGGUGUGUCUGCCAAACAAUCAGCCUGUCCUGGCCAUCAUACAGCCCAGUGAGACAGCGCUGGAAGUCCUUAGCACUGUCUGCAAGACCCAUAAAAUAGACCCCUCUGGCCACUACUUGCGUUUGAAGAUGUGGAUUGACAACCAAAUGCUCUUUUAUGUUCCCAAACUUGAAGAGGACAUCUCUGAUCUGCUCUACAAAGAGAUUGAGGUGUGCCCCAAAGCUACCAAGGUGAUCCGGUUUGACAAAGCCGAGUCCUGCACCAUUGGAUAUGGUUUUUCUGUGGCGGUUAUAGAUGAGGAUGGAAUGCAGCAGCUCCAUAUUACUGAAGUGAAAGCAGAGGGACUGGCCUCAGCUAAAGGUUUGAAAGCAGAGGAUGAGAUUCUCUUGCUAAAUGGUAAACCUGCAUCUGCCCUCCAAAUGGAUGAUAUGAGGGCUGCAUUUCUAAACCAAGCGUUGACCUUGAGCGUCAGCACCCUGCCCCUGCUGGACCCUCAGGUGCUGUGCUCCCUUCCACCCCGGCGCUCCGAUGGGGAGCAGGGCCCAGCCACAGACAUCUUCUCCCAGAGCCAAGAGGACAUCCUGGAUGAGGUGUCGGGUUUGACGGCAGAGAGCCCAGAUGAGAGUUUGGAGGAAGGUUCUCGGCUGACCCUGCAGAGUCCCGGAGAUUAUCAGGAAGACAAAACCUGCAUGGGGACUGGACAGAAGAGCACGGAGCAGGUGACUGCUUUCUGCCGCAGUCUCCAUGACAUGAAUCCCCUGGAGUGCCCUGUGUCGUACUCCUCAUCGUCGUCCUCGUCGUCCCUUUCCCCGAGCCCUGUGUCAGCUUUUCCUCCCACAGCAGGCACUGCCACCCAGAGACAGCUCUCCCACGCAGACAAACUCCGCAAGGUCAUCAAUGAGCUGGUGGAGACGGAGAAGACUUAUGUCAAAGACCUGAGCUGUCUAAUAGAGUGCUACUUGACACCUUUGCAGAAAGAGAGCUUUCUUACACAGGAUGAGCUGGACGUUUUGUUCGGUAACCUCGGGGAGAUGGUGGAGUUCCAGGUGGAGUUUCUCCGGACGCUGGAAGAUGGAAUCAGACUGGUGCCAGAUCUGGACAGACUGGAAAGGGUAGAUCAGUUUAAGAAAGUACUGUUCUCUUUGGGUGGUUCCUUCCUUUAUUAUGCCGAUCGCUUCAAGAUCUACAGCGCCUUCUGCGCCAGCCACACCAAGGUCCCAAAGGUCCUGGCUAAAGCAAAGACUGACCCAGAUUUCAAGGCUUUCCUGGCUGAGAGAAACCCCAGACAGCAACAUUCCUCCACUCUGGAGUCUUACUUGAUCAAACCCAUCCAGAGGGUCCUGAAGUACCCGCUGCUGCUAAAGGAGCUCUACUCUCUUACUGACCCCGACAGUGAGGAACACUACCACCUGGAUGUUGCAAUGAAGGCCAUGAACAAAGUUGCAAGUCACAUCAAUGAGAUGCAAAAGCUUCAUGAGGAGUAUGGCGCUGUUUUCGACCAGCUCAUCAACGAACAGACGGCAGAUAAAAAAGAGGUGGCUGACCUCUCCAUGGGGGAUCUUUUGCUACAUUCGACUGUGGUGUGGCUCAACCCUCCAGGCUCUUUGGUCAAGAGCAAAAAGGACCCUGAUUUGGCUGCUUUUGUGUUUAAAACAGCGGUUGUAUUUGUGUACAAAGACAGCUCCAAGCACAGGAAAAAAAUCGGUGGAUCUCACCGUGCGUCUGUGAGUGAUGACAAAGAUCCUUUCCGUUUCCGUUACAUGAUUGCAACGGACUCUCUGCAAGUCCGUGCCCUUGCAAACUCUGAGGGUACAGCGGUGUGCGAGAUAGUUCACACAAGAUCUGAAUCUGAAGGACGACCAGAGAGAACCUUCCAGUUGUGCUGCAGCUCUCCAGAUAGUAAGAAGGACUUCCUGAAAGCAGUCCACUCUAUCCUAAGGGAAAAACAGCGGCGGCAGCUUCUUAAAACCGAGUCUCUGCCACCCAACCAGCAGUACGUCCCAUUUGGGGGCAAACGUCUGUGUGCCCUCAAAGGGGCGCGGCCCACCAUGAACAGAGCAGCAUCAGCUCCAUCACGAACGCUGACCCGCAGGAAGCUGGUGAGGAACCGCUUCACCAUCGACACCGACCUGGUUUUCCACGGCAACAACAACAACAGCAACGAUUCAGACACCUCCCACCACUCUUCAUCCCCUUCCUCCUCGUCACUGUCCAAGCAUGCCCUUCCUCGAUCCCACAAACCUCAAGGAGAGGACACAGACCGUUGGGUGGAGGAGCAGUUCGACCUGGGUUGCUACGAAGACCAGGGUGAGGGCAUCGACAUGGGGAAGGUGAAGGAGACGGACAUUUUGAGCGACGACGACGAAUACUGCAAGUCUGUCCGAGCCGCGUCGGCAGAACCAGACGACCUGGAGGGGAGGAUGGGGGGUCUCGACCUCCAGGGCAGAGAGAUGAGGAGCCACAACCUGAAUGGACGAGUGGAGUCUGGCAGUGAGAUCAUGCUGAGUGGGAUGCAGGAGGAGGAAGUUGAUCGAAUGAAGCAUGGUGAUGAUCCAGGCUCGGUGGACUCUUUUACCUCCUGUGGUGUCUCUCUGUCCCGGUGUGUGACCCCGACUCUAAAGCUUGCCCCCUUAAAGCAGUGUGCUGUGGAGGGGGCCACAAACAAGGACCAUGAUGCCAUCUGGGUGCGGCGGGACGACUUUGCUAACGGGUGCAACAGUAAUGUCUUCUGAUUGGGAAUUAUAGAAAACCAGAUGAAGAAAUGAGACACAUGGUGGUUUCUGCCACUUUUACAUAUUGUAGGAGUGCAAGAAAAUAGGGGAGAGAUACAAGCUUUAAAUAUGUAGAAUUUGGAGGUAUUCAUGUAUAGAAGGUAUUAAACCUUAGCCAGUCCUCCCUGUGUCACUACACAACCCUCUUCUUUCCACCUCACCUGCAUCUCCCUUGUUCUGACAAUCCUAAAAUAUUGAAACACCAAGCAAGUAAGGAAAAAUGAAAUAUACUCAGAUUCUCAUCCCGAACUGCUUAAACGUCAACCCGAAAGAAUACACGGUCCUCACUGUUUUGGACAUACACCCAGGCAUUACACACACCUGUGGAAUUGUAUGUGAACGUAUGAACAAGGACAGCACUGCAUGUGCACGCAAGUAAACAAGCAAGUGUGUGUAUGAACACUGUAAGUGCAUAAAUUACACAGGAGCACAGACACAGUGACUCUUGGCAGCUACUGUACCGUGCACACGUUGUACUGAAGAGACGUCAUCACUGAACUGUGAUCUUCUGGCCAAAAAUGUCUAUUUUUUAACACGGGAAUAUGGGUGUUAUAUUUUUCUGACUCAGAAACUGUGUUUGUAUUUUAACACUCAAGGGCUGUGUGUUACUGAAAUUAUCUUCAGGGGCUUUUGGCUUAACGACUGCUGUGUAAAAUAUGGUGAGAUCCAACUAGCUUUAUUGUGCUUUUUAAUUGUUUUAACUUAAUAUCAGCUGCACAUUGGUGUAUAGUCAGGAGUACAAUACAGUGCCGUUAACCUCUUGUAUGAAAACGCUUUGAAGCUCA